AUGGAGCAGUUAAGGGCGGAGGCAAAAGCCACUAAUAAUCGGCUAAAACAGUUGGAAGAAGAAUGUAUGCGCCUUAGGCGGGAGUUGAGGCGUAAGGAGGUACUCCUGGAAAAGGCAUCGAAAGGGGAAGUUAAAACCAUUAAUGUCCCAACUAGGGCAACAACUGUUACAGCAAAUCAGGCUCCGUCUUCAGUAAGUGAGAGACUAGUCGCUGCCAGGAAGGAGGAUGAUCCUGAUGGCAGGACGAUAGGGAGGGUAUUAACUGAGCUCUCAAAAUCAGUGCUCAGAUUACAAAACGAGCUUAAUGAAAUAAAGAUGGGACAGAGUUCUUAUGCACAGGUUGCAGCACGAUCGCGGGUAUCUCCCUCACCGUUGAUACCGACGCCUCUGACCACUGUCCCGGACGGGGAUGGGUUUAUAGAGGUAAAGAGAAGGAGUAGGAUAGAUGUGCCUGCUGGGAGGACUUUGCCUUCACGGAUGGAUGUUGGGAGGGUUGGCUCUCCUGUUUGUCCUGGUGUUGGGGGGGGGGGUCUUGUUGUGGGUAUACAAAAAAGCAAGAAGAAGAAGAAGAUAAAGAAUAAGAAGAGGAAUAGGGAGACUGCAGCGGUAUCUCUCACGUGUGCGGAAGGGGCUUCUUAUUUAGAAGCCGUAAAGAAAUUGGAAACGGGAGUAAAAAUAGAAGAAAUAGGGGCCAAGGGGCUUUCGUAUAGGCGUGGCCUGACGGGGUCCUUUGUCUGGCAGGUCCAGGGAAAGGAUGCUAAUAUUAGGGCUGACAGACUUGCACAGGCAAUGAAGAGGGCCCUACCGGAAGCAAAGAUAGCUAGGCCCCAAAGGACUAGCCCCAUAAAACUAGUGGGGAUCUAUCCGACUACCACCCUGACGGCGAUCAGGUGCGGACUACAGGAGGUUAGGGCAGGAUUUGACCGUAACCUUAUCAGCAUGGGGGAGGUUCACUUAGGCAGGGGCAGUCGCUAUGAGGUCACAGUCGUGGCCCCAUCGGAACUGUGCCAGGCUGUCAUUGAUAGAGGCAGUAUUAUUGUGGGAUGGAGCCGGGUCCGGGUAUUUCCGGUUCGACCUAUGCCUCUAAGGUGCCACAGAUGUCUGGCGAGAGGUCACGUGGCUGCAUCUUGUCCUGCACCGGGUGCCAGGAUACGCGUGUGCUUCAAGUGCGGUGAGCCGGGGCACGUAGAAAAAGACUGCGGGGACAAAGCAAAAUGCCCGAUCUGUGUGGAGGCGGGGCGUUCUCGAAUUUCGCACAGGGCUGGGUCUUGGGAGUGUCCGCUGGUACCUCCUAUCAAGGGGAGAGACAUAAUUUUGGGGGGAGUCGCAGGCCGACGGGACAYGUCAGCGUGCGUGAAUAACGUUCCGGGAAGUGCGGGCGAGAAAAGKGUUGUACAUAGUGCRGGUUCGAGUGUUGGCAACGACAUGGAGGUWGAGCAGGUGAAUUCUGCCYCUUYAUGUAAAUAA